ACUAGAAUUUAACCAAUAAUUAAUGUAAAUCAGAGUUUGACCUAAAUUUCUCAACAUGCUAUUCAAAAGGUUGAAAGGAACAUUUUCCUACAUAAAUCUAAGCAAAAGCUAGUUAUGGAUCUCCAGAAAUCAUAAGAAUCAUAUUAUAUCAUACAGUCUGUGGAAAAUGCUGUAUUACAGAUACAAUGUACGUGUCUUUAUGUUAUUUUAUGCUUAUUGUGAACUGUCACGAAUGCAGAACAGGCGUAAUCCUUCAUAUGUUCACAGAAGUUUCUUUUAAUUUCGCUUCCUAGUUAUCUCUUAAAAUUUUAGGACAAGACCUUUAAAAUGUGAUCUCAGUUCCUGUAGCAUGCAACAAUUUAAAUAAUUUGUUAAAAGGUAAAUAAUCUGUUAAGAUCAUUUUAAAGUAGUGUUCACACUACUACAUUUGGUCUGUGUAAGAGCACCAAGUUACAAGGAUCCUUUGGUAAAUCCAGAAAUCUGAUUGUUUGGCAUGCUUAUAGGCCAAUUAAUCUGUGAAUUUUUGAAAAGGAAUAUAGUUUGUGUUUAAAAUAAUAACUAUUAAAGAAUGAAUUUGGCACUUACAUCUGGCAGUUAAAUGAUAAAACAGUAGAGACUGAUACUAUUAAUAUGGGUACACAGUGUUAAUAUCAUGCUUUUCCUCUGGAAACAUUUUCUGUAGGCAUACUGUUCUUAUCUAAAGAUACUUGAUGAUUCAUCAAGCACAUUGAGAGGAUAAUUGUAUGAUACAGCUAUUUGUUUCUUUUUUUGGAAGCUGAAAUUUCCUUCUGUUCUGUAAGUCAUAGUAGUUAACCAAGUCCAAAGCUGUUCUAAUGAGACUGUUUUCUUUGACUUAUCCUGUUGUCAUUAGGAUAAUGAAGCAUAGGGACUAAGGUAAUCCGGGUAUAUCAGAUGUUUUUUUCAUUUCAUACAUAUUGUACUUGUUGAUAUUUUCUUUUUAUUUAUUGAGGGCCCAAGUAUGGGUGGGAUUUACAACUGAUUUAUUUAAUUUUCUGUCAAUUCAAGUUGCUCUUUUAGUCCCUGUACCAGAUAAAGAUACUUUUGUAUUUUUACUCCAAGUUUAGCUGCAAUUUUUGUUGAAUGCAACAAAAUUCUUCAACCUGCCUGGUGGUGCUUUACACAUGGGUUAGCUAUGUGGGAUUUCUUUAGCUCUGGUUGGCUUGGAACGUUAUUUUCUUGUAGGAGAUGUCUAUUGCGAUAUUUGUCCUAGGUUGGAUCAGGUUUGCUGUUAAAUAUUGGCAAAUUUAAUAAGACAUCAACCUGUAGUAGCCAGAGCAUGUGAGAUGAUGCAGGUGUGGUGUGUAUUAAUCCAAAAGAUUGCUGUGAGAUUGUUGCAAGAACCCAUCAGGGGAAUUCUACAUCUUGCAGGAAUAAAACCACGUGAUUGUAAGUCAAAUGGUCUGAAAUUCUUGGACUCUUGAAACAAAAUUGUGAUUAUCUUUUCUAUUUCAGAAAUGGUUAUGGUUUUAGAGUUACAUAGUGCAGACAAAGGGGAAAAGAAUAAUACAUAUCCCAGUCCACUUACUUGAGAAAGUCAGGAAGCAGCUUUUAAAAUAUGGUAAAAGGAGGAAGUGUAACCUAAUGUGCUGCAUGACACAGUGUCUGCACAAGGUGGCAAAGCUGAGGAGGGAAGCAGAAAGGAAAAAAUACAAAAGAUUUAAAAGUAUGAAGUGUUACUCUAGGGUUAAACAACAGGAGUCUGCUUAUACAAUUAAUAUUGAUCUCAAUGGAAAAACUCUCAUCAAGGAUAAUUUAUGGCUAUAACGGGACUGGAUUAAAUAAGAUUUUCAAUGAGAAGAUGAUCAUGUGUCAGUUACAUUAUUUCAGAGCUCUAACUCACUGAAGAAUAGAUGACAGAUUCAGCAGACAGUUCUGAUUUAUCACUGUAUUCUGGGCUCAACUAUUAAUAAUUUCAUGAAGUUAGGACUUGAGCUAUAAAAAUUAUGCCAGCCAUUUGUUAACACAGUGCAGUUUAAGGACCAAGUCAUGAUUCCCUUCCUCUCCUUGGGAACGUUGCUGUAGUCCACAAGCAAGCGCAUUUUCUAUGUAAAACUUCAUGUGAGUCUGUGCAUAUGUUCGCAUGGUAUAUUUGUGCCUAAUGCCCAGAGUGAGGCACAGAGUUUUCCUUGCUCACUCUCCACAAAGGACGUGCUUUUGCUUCUGUCUUCAUCCUGGUGGUGGAUGGUUCACAAAACAAAGCCUACCCACUGUCAUUUCAGUUCUUUUCAGUCACACUCAUGAGUUGUACUAGUCAGCUGCUCGGAAGUUUUUUUUAUCUGGAUAUUCCUGUCAUUUCUUGCUGUUAUACUGGUUGCAUUACUUUUUUAAGCUUUCUAUCUGAGUGCUGCUAGUGGGAGCUGCAUGACUUCAGAGACACCCCACACAGUAAGUGCCACCUUCACAAAUGCUUUGCGAGCAGCUGGUUUGCCAGGAAGCUCUGGGAGCUGCGCUGACACUGGCAGCCCCCAGUGCAUCUCUAAAGCCCCUGGCUCUGGCUCACCUGGGAAGUGUUCAGCUUUAACAGGAUCCUUGCCAAGGACUUGAGUGCCUAAAUUCUGCACUGACAAGAAAGAGAGAAGUAACACCUUGAAUGUUGCAAUAGAUAGUAUGUGCAAGAAGACAAGAGACCUCCGCAGACAGCUCCGUAAAGCCAUUAUAGAUCACAUCUCAGACUCCUUCUUAGAUACCACCGUGCCACUUUUAGUUCUCAUUGAAGCCGCUAAAAAUGGAAGAGAGAAAGAAAUAAAGGAAUAUGCUGCUAUCUUUCGAGAACACACCAGCAGGCUGGUGGAGGUUGCUAAUCUUGCUUGUUCAUUGUCAAAAAAUGAAGAUGGAACGAAAAUUGUCCAAAUGGCAGCUAAUCAUAUACAGACUUUGUGUCCACAGGUUAUUAAUGCUGCUUUAGCUCUUGCUGCCAGACCAAAAAGCCAUGUUGUAAAGAGCACCAUGGAGAUGUAUAGGAGUACGUGGGAGAAUCACAUCCAUGUUCUUACUGAAGCUGUGGAUGAUAUAACAAGUAUCGAUGACUUUCUUGCUGUAUCAGAAAGCCAUAUUCUUGAGGAUGUAAACAAAUGUAUCAUUGCACUGAGAGAGCAAAAUGCAGACAAUUUAGAUCAUGCAGCGGGUGCAAUCCGAGGACGUGCUUCAAGAGUAGCUCAUAUUGUUUCAGGUGAAAUGGACAAUUAUGAACCAGGGGCUUACACUGAAGGAGUGAUGACAAAUGUUCAGUAUUUGACCAAGAAUGUGAUUCCGGAGUUUAUUAGUCAAGUAAAUAUUGCAUUGGAGAGCAUAAGCAAGAAGACAGUGCAUCUCUUUGAUGAUAACCAGUUUGUGGACAUUUCUAAGAAGGUAUAUGAUACAAUUCACAACAUCAGAUGCUCAGUCAUGAUGAUUCGGACACCUGAGGAGCUAGAAGAUGUAUCUGACCUUGAAGAAGACUAUGAUGCACGUAGCCGUACAAGUAUUCAGACUGAAGGGAAGACUGACAGGGCUAAGAUGACUCAACUGCCAGAGGCUGAAAAGGAAAAGAUAGCUGAGCAAGUGGCCGACUUCAAAAAAGUCAAGAGUAAGCUUGAUGCAGAGAUUGAAAUAUGGGACGAUACCAGCAAUGACAUAAUUGUUUUGGCCAAGAGGAUGUGUGUGAUUAUGAUGGAGAUGACUGACUUCACAAGGGGUAGAGGACCACUGAAGAACACAUCUGAUGUAAUUAAUGCAGCAAAAAUGAUUUCAGAAUCAGGAUCAAGGAUGGAUGUCCUGGCACGGCUGAUUGCCAAUCAGUGUCCAGACCAAUCAUGCAAACAGGACUUGUUGGCUUACCUAGAACAGAUCAAGCUGUACUCCCAUCAGCUCAAAAUCUGCAGUCAAGUUAAAGCGGAAAUACAGAAUCUAGGUGGAGAGCUCAUCAUGUCUGCUUUGGAUAGCGUCACUUCACUAAUUCAGGCUGCCAAAAAUUUAAUGAAUGCUGUGGUGCAGACAGUGAAGAUGUCCUAUAUUGCAUCCACAAAGAUUAUCAGGAUUCAGAGUCCUACUGGCCCACGACAUCCUGUUGUGAUGUGGAGAAUGAAGGCUCCAGAGAAGAAGCCCCUAAUUAAAAGAGAGAAACCAGAAGAAAUCUAUGCAGCUGUCAGAAAAGGUUCUGCAAAGAAGAGAAUCCAUCCUGUUCAAGUCAUGAGUGAAUUUAGAGGCAGAGAAAUAGUCUAAUAUUCUGCCACUUUUUGUGUUCCUGUAUUUGAAUUUCUGAUGAUUUUUCAUCUUUUUAUCCACUUAUUUAAUAACUACAUGUGUUAAUAUUUUGGUUUUUCUUAAUCUGUAAGAUAACACUUGCUUAAAUUAUUUGAAAAUUUUCUUGGAUUAACUACAAGCGCACGGUUGGAAAAAACAUAGCCAUUCUCUUGCAGUGACAAACUCUCCUGUGUUUACACUGGCAUGUUGGCAGCAGAGCACUUUGAGCGAUACGGUACGGGACUGUGGGAACGGAGGAUGCAGUGUGCCAGCCUGCCCAAGUCACACUGCACUCACUAGCCUUAGGUGUUUUUUCACCAGGGAUGAUUGUGGCCAGUGCUACACUACAUGUAUUUUAAACGUGUGCUGUGAUCAGAUCAGCUGGACUGCUUGUUGCUAGCUGAGUCUGGGUCCUCAACUUUUAUCUAGAUUGAAAUAUCUAAAGAUCUCCCCUCUUCCAAGGCCCAGCCUUGGAAAUAUAAGUUCAAAAACGUUUGAUGAAACACAAAAAGUGUUUUCAACGACACAGAUGUAAUAAGGUAAUUUAAAAAAGCAUUGACUGCAACAUAGCAGUAAUAAUAGCUCUUCAAAAGCCUUCUGAAACAUUAGCAUUAAUCUGUGUUCUGCUUCCUGCUCUAUUCUGUGAGCCCCAAUAAAUCUGCUGACUGUUACAUUUGCAAGUUCAGAUAAAUCAGCUAUUAACAACAAAAAACUUUUCUACUCAUUGCACAAAAGAACAAAUAUGAAAUGCAUCAUUAUUCUGAGCUCGGUGUGUGAAAUACACAUACACAUAUCUUGAAUCUUAGGCCUGAUGAGAUUUUUGCAAGGUAACUGCAGUGAUUUAAGUUACUUUUCUUAUGACAGUAGAGUCAUAAAAGCAGGACUCUGCUGGUAAGCAACUUGCUAAAUGACUGCAGUGAAGAUAAGUGCUGUUAGUCUGUGAUCACCACUAGGCUUCUGUAAGACAGUGAAACAAAAAUCUCCUAAAAUCUGUUUGAAUCAGAAAGCCACUCCAACUCAUUUCUUUUUUUAAAGAAUUUAACUUGUGUUCUCUGACAUGUCACUAAGUUUUCCCAGACUCCACUUGUUACCAAAGAUGCCUUUGCUUAGCAAUUAAGUAGAUCCUUCGGUAUGUUUUUUGUAUUUGCUAAGGCGAAAGGGCUUCCUCAAAUGCCAGAACUUCAUGAUGCGUCACUGAUUGCCAUUACGAGGCAGCUCCAGACUAUAGGCUGCUGCUCCGUGUCACUUGUUACCAUGUUUUGCACAGUAGUGCACCUACUUAGCACAAUGUGGGCAGUAAAAAUAACAAUUAACUAUGUUUUUCUUAUUGGGGGCGACUCUGUUUCUAAGCUCAGGACAGCAGAGCAGUAAAAUUUCUUGGUGGUUGGUUAAGAAACUGUGGAAUCUAUAAUCAAAAAUUUUACAGAUCACUGUUCCACCUUGCAUAAUUUACUAUCUGUUAAAUGAAACAAAAGGAGAAGUUUGGAAGAAAAAUUGCUUCUUUCCAACUCAGAUGCCCUCCAGCAUGUUUGCAUCAAGAUCUUAGUAACAUGUAUAGGUCUUUGCUAGUCCUCUUAGGGCUACAGAGUGGAAAGCAACUAACAGUCCAGGAGAGCAGACAGAGCUAAUACAGAGCAGGUCAUAUCACCUACUUUCAGCAGGUCUGCUGGCAGACUGAGCAGAGCCAAGAUAAAGAUUCUUUGUGGUACAGAGAUCAGGAAAGUGUAUGUUCCAGUCACACCUUAAAGCCAAAAUCCCCAUGUAGUAUCUGAGGUUCUGGCCCACUCCUCAGACUGCCUCCUCCCCCAGCAAUGUUCAGGUCCAGAAGCCAGCAGGUGAGUUGACAAAAACCUUGUGUGAUAUAGGUCACCUCAACAUCAAAUGUUUGUAACUAAUGUCUUGUUAUCACAUUGUUAAUAAAAAGCAUGUACACCGCUGAGGAGA